AUCUUCUAUCUGCUCAACUGCCUUUAUUGUUGUGGGAAGACAAAAUAUCAGUAGAAAUAUUAGAUGACAGUGGCUUUCAUGGGAUGAAGGCCUGGUAUAUUCUAUGCUGUAUGGAGUGCAGAGAGCUGAUGGGUAUGGAGGGUGGGGAGUAUGACAGACUUGGAAUGUUAGAGUGAAUCUGAUCAUGGGCUGAACUGUCUCCAUUAUGACAGGAUGUGAACUUUGAGGACGUGGCCAUUGCCUUCUCUCAGGAGGAGUGGGGGCUCCUUGAUGAGCCUCAGAGACUUCUGUACUGCGAUGUGAUGCUGGAAGUUUUUGCACUUAUAUCAUCUGUAGGUUGUUGGCAUAAAAGAGAUGAUGAGGAGGCCAAUUCUGAGCAGAGUGUAUAUGUACAAGGAGAGUCACAGGUCGGGGCUUUUAAGACAGCUCCAGCAACCCAGAAGACCCAUCUUUGUAAAUGGUGUUUCUCAGUUUUAAAAGAUAUUUUUCACCUGACUGAGUUACAAGCAGCAUACUUUAAUAAGAAAGCCUUCUGCACUGACACAUGUUUGAGCGACAACUGUUUCAGUGCAAACCCUCACCAGCAACAGAGAGAUGCCAGUGGACAGAAGCCCUGGAAAGAAGAUAUGGACAGGGCCUCACUUGUGUCCCAGUGCAGCUUUUACUUAAUAUGGGUGCCUUCAACCACUAGAGAGAUUGGGAAAGACUUGCCAGCCAUCUCAGACAUUCUCCAGCACCAGGAUACUUUUAACACUGGGGAGCCACACAGUGGUCGUGAGAUUCCACAGGAAUUUCUCAGUGGAAGAGGUCAUGACGAGUUGGGUGCAUGUGAAAAAGCUGCCAGCCACAACCAGAAAGUUGUUCAACAUCAGGGUGUCUGCUCUAGAAAAGUGAAUUAUGAGUGUAACAAAUGUGGGAAAGCUUUUAAAGAAAUCUUUAACCUCCCUGUAGAAAAGCCAUAUGAGUGUAGUGAUCAUGGGAAGUCUGUCAUCCUGAGGUCCGAACUCAUUCAAGAACACAAAGUCCACACUGGAGAAAAGCUGUAUGAGUGUCAUGAUUGCAGGAAGUCCUUCAGGCAAAGCAGUACCAUCACUCAACACCAGAAAGUUCACAUUGGAGAAAAACCUUAUGAGUGUAGUGAAUGUGGUAAAUCUUUUACCCGCAAUAAUCACCUUCUUAUCCACAAGAGAGUUCACACUGGAGAAAAGCCAUAUGAGUGUAGUUACUGUGGGAAGUCAUUUACACACAGGUCUGCCCUCACUCAACACCACAGAGUUCACAGUGGAGAAAAGCCGUAUGAGUGUAGUGACUGUGGGAAGUCAUUUUCACACAGUUCUACCCUCACUCAACACCAGAGAGUUCACAGUGGAGAAAAGCCAUAUGAGUGUAGUGACUGUGGGAAGUCAUUUACACACAGUUAUACCCUCAUUCAACACCAGAGAGUUCAUAGUGGAGAAAAGCCAUAUGAGUGUAGUGACUGUGGGAAGUCAUUUACACACAGUUAUACCCUCGUUCAACACCACAGAGUUCACAGUGGAGAAAAGCCUUAUAAUUGUAGUGAUUGUGGGAAGUCCUUCCGCAAAAGGUCUACCCUCAAUGAACACAACAGAGUCCAUACUGGAGAAAAGCCAUAUGUGUGUAGUGACUGUGGGAAGUCCUUUAGGCAACGCAGUAACUUCACUCAACACUGGAGAGUUCACACUGGUGCAAAACCUUAUGUGUAGUGAAUGUGGUAAAUCUUUUACCUGCAAUAAUCACCUCCUUAUCCACAAGAGAGUUCACACUGGAGAAAAGCCAUAUGAGUGUAGUGACUGUGGGAAGUCAUUUAUGCACAAGUAUACCCUCAUUCAACAUCACAGAGUUCACAGU